CACAAACAAAGACCACGUUUAUGGCGUCGUGUGGGUAAGCGGUUUACUGAUGAAAAUAGUGCCCCAUAAUGGUAGUGGGGCCAUGGAUAAGGCAGGCAUAUGCUUCGGACAACGAACACAAUUGCAUUUUAUCCAUGGCAAUUAUCCAUACCCUGACGAGAUCACUAUUGCCUUUAUAUUUUUGUUCAGUAUACAUUGUCGCAGUAAGACGGGCGGAUGGAUAUGUUCAAACGCUGCAUUUUAAAAAAAGAGUUCCCAGAAUUAUCGUCAUUGACAAUUCCAGACAGUUACCAAAAGUGACUUGCUUGCUAAGUGACUUGCUUGCUCCUUUCCAUCAUCCAUUCCCAUGGGAUUACAGACCAAAUUGUAUGCAAAAUGAUAUGACUAAUAUUAUAUAGCCUAUUGUAACAAAAAUGCCGUAAGGCACUUCAGCCAAAUGUAUGAUUCAUUGGAACUAUUUCAUUCCUGUCACAAAGUUCCGUGUACGUAUUGUGUACGUAGUUCAACAGCGCGCUGGCGUCAUCGAUUUGAUCAUCUCUCCUUUCUCGGUCGGUGAAGCUGUCCAGGCUCUCUGCGUUGUUGUGUCGUUCAAUGCUUUCAUUUGUGGCGAACAUGGCCGCUGUUCCAAUCUCCGCCGUUCCCAACACGUCCACGAACAACGAUGGGAUCCUUAUAGGCGACAGAGUUUACUCUGAAGUUUACCUCACUAUCAGCAACUCUCUCAUACCGGAGGAAAGGCUUCAGCCAACCCCGUCUAUGCUCGAUGGCCUCGACCUGCACACGGAGACCGACCUCCGUAUCCUGGGUUGUGAGCUAAUUCAAUCGGCUGGUAUUCUUCUACGAUUGCCACAGGUGGCAAUGGCUACGGGUCAAGUUCUUUUUCAUCGUUUUUUCUACUCUAAAUCGUUUGUCAAACACAGUUUUGAGAUUGUUGCUAUGGCCUGUGUCAACUUGGCGUCCAAGAUCGAGGAAGCACCAAGACGAUUCAGAGACGUCAUCAAUGUUUUUCACCAUUUAAAACAGAGUCACAGAGGCAAAAGGAGUGCAAGUUCAUUGAUUCUUGAUCAGAACUACAUUAAUACCAAAAACCAAGUGAUCAAAGCUGAACGGAGAAUCCUGAAGGAGCUGGGCUUCUGCGUACACGUCAAGCAUCCGCACAAGAUCAUUGUCAUGUACCUGCAAGUCCUGGAAUGUGAGAAGAACCAGACUCUGGUCCAGACCGCCUGGAACUACAUGAAUGACAGCCUUAGGACCAACGUGUUUGUGAGGUUCCAAGCUGAAACCAUCGCAUGUGCCUGCAUCUACCUGGCUGCCAGAGCUCUCCAGAUGCCUCUCCCAUCCAGACCUCACUGGUAUCUGCUGUUUGGAGCCACGGAGGAAGAGAUCAAGGAUAUCUGUAUCACCACCCUCAAACUGUACACCAGGAAGAAGCCGGACUAUGACCACCUGGAGAAGGAAGUGGAGAAGAGGAAGAUGUCUCUGCAGGAGGCCAAGCUGAAGGCUAAAGGGUUGAACCCCGAUGGGACCCCAGCUCUGUCCAACCUGGGAGGCUUCUCUCCUGGAUCCAAACCCUGUUCCCCCAAUGUAGUGAAGGUGGAGGAUAAAUCUCCAAACCUCCAGGCCCUCAACCCUGUAAAGAAAGAGCCAAACAGCAGAGCCCAGGGCUCCAAGAGCCCACACAACGGGUUGAGGAAGGAGGUGAAGAUUGGAAGGAACAAUGGGAGUGGAUCUCGUUCCAGAACUCGCUCGCGAUCACGCUCCCCGCGCAGACAUUACAACAGCCGACGCAGUCGUUCUGGGACCUACAGUUCUCGUUCCCGCAGUCGCUCUCACAGCCGCAGCCCCUCACCCCGACGACAUCCGCCCUCCCCCCUCCUCCCACAUCUCAAGUCAAAGCCCGGCCACCAUGGCAACAUCGACCCCAAGCCAUCGAGUCGUCAUAGCAGCAGCGGAGGAGGGGCUCACAAGAGGAAGAGGUCCAGGUCGCGCUCUGCCAGCAAGGGAGAGAGGGAACGGGGGAGGGAGCGGGACAGAGACCGCAGCACGUCGGACCUCUCCUCGGCCAAGAAGCACAAGCACGAGAGAGGUGGUCCUGGGGGAGGACAUCACCGUGCAGACAGGAGGGAUCGGUCCAGGUCGUACGAGCGGGAGCGCACCCACAAGGGCAAACGCCAUAGCAGCAGCAGCGGCGGACACUCGGGUCACGGGCGCCACCGCCGCUGACCAGGGUCGGGUGGAGGAACCUCCGCUCCUUAAUGCAGUUUUGUCUAUUUUAUUUUUGUUCUGCUUUCCCACCCCAAUCCUUCCAUUCAAACCUCUUUUUUUAAGUUUAAAUGUAAAAUGAUGGACUUGGAGAGAACGUAUUUACAGUGUAAAGAUGGUUAACUGCUGAUUUAUUGACAAUGCUUUGAUUUAUAAAAGCGACACUUCAGUGGUAGAAGGAAUAAAUGUGUAUUCAACAAUAAAAGAAUCAUUCAGGAAAGACGUCGAUAGUUUUUUUGCUCAGUGGACUGAAGCAGACUUCCGGGUUCUGUGUUGGCUCAUGCCAUUGGUCAAAUGUGCGUUCGCUAAAACAGUGUUCUGUACAGAUGCAAAGGACCUACUGGGCUUCUCUAGAAAUAGACCAUAUUAUUAUUUUUUACAGCUGGAUUGCAGACUCUUGAUUUCAGAACCUUUUUUUUUUUUUUAGGAUCGUGGUGAAUUUGUUACACUGGUUUUUAGUCUGCAUGUGUUCAUGUCUGAUUUUUACACAAUAAAAAAUAAAACCAUU